AUCGCCCGUUGCCCUUCUUCCCCUCCUCCAUAACCCCCGUUCUUAGACCCUGAAGGAUGGAUUUGAACAAAGACACCGACAUGCAGGUGACGUCUGAUCUCGAGGAAGUCGAAAACAGCUCCGGCCAUGGUGAGAAGACACUUGUUGUGCAGUCCCAAAAGGCCUCUGGUGGAUCACAACCGCAUAUUCAUUCCCUCGAGCGAUACAUCAACUUAUCCUCCAUCUUCAAUUUUGGGUUCAUUCUCCUAGCUUCAUGGGAGUCUUUUGCCGUUACCUUUCAAUUCGCUUUGUAUAAUGGCGGCCCAGCCGCUAUGUUCUAUGGCUCAAUCUUGGCUAGCAUUGGGGUAGUGGCUGUGGGGUCCUCGUUGGCCGAGUUAGCUUCGAUCGAUCCGACUGUUGGGGCCCAAUAUCGCUGGACAGCUAACCUCGCGCCGCGUGGUAAGCGUUUCUGGGGAUUGUUGCAAGGAUGGAUUACCGUUUCGGCAUGGUGCUUUGCUUGCAGCGGGCCACCAAGUAUUCUCGCAAAUAUGAUUACAUCUCUUGCAAUCUUCAACAAUGAGUCGUAUGUGCCGGAGCGCUGGCAUACAAGCCUGAUCAUGAUCGCAACCAUUAUCGUACCCUUUGUUUUCAACCUGUGGUUCCGCAAGCUCCUCGAUGCUUUUGAAAUCAUUGGUGGUGUACUACACAUUGUUCUCUUCCUCGUUAUGGUCAUCGUGUUGAUCGUCUUCGGACCGCGGAGUAGUCCAGAAUUUGUGUUCAAGACUCUUACUUGGGACCAAACUGGUUGGAACAAUGCGGGUGUAUCGUGGGGUCUGGGACUGCUCACCCUGACCUUUUCUGUAUCCGGAUUUGACAGUGUUCUUCAUAUGAGCGACGAAGUUAAGAAAGUGCAUACGAGAGUACCACGAAGCAUCAUUCUAGCAUGUGUCUUCAAUUCUCUCAUGAUGUUCAUCUUCGUAACCGUUCUCCUCUUCUAUAUCGGCCCUCUCGAUCCCCUUUAUUCUUCCCCCCUUCCUUUACUCCAAGUCCUUUACGGUGCCACCGGCUCCAAGGCUGCCACUAACACCCUAGUAAGCCUGAUCUGCGUGAUCAUGUUUUUUGCGCUUUUCAAUAUCUUCGCAUCGGUAUCGCGUUUGGUAUGGGUGUUUGCUCGCGACAAGGGCCUUCCGUUCCAUAACUUCUUCUCCUACGUCCACCCAACCCUCAAACUUCCCGUCAAUGCGCUCCUCCUAGUCGGCAGCAUCGUAACUCUCCUCUCCUUAAUCUACAUUGCCUCCGCCGCAGCCUUCAACGCACUCAUUGCCCUCCAAGCCCUUGCCAUCUAUAUCUCCUAUUUCUUCCCCAUCUUCUUCAUACUUCUCCGCCGUCUCCGCGGUCCGCCACCCCCCUACGGCCCCUUUAAGCUUGGAAAGUGGGGAAUCCCGGCGAAUGUCUUUGGCCUUUGUUAUGUCAUUUUCGUGGUUAUUUGGAUGCCACUUCCGCAGGUUUUGCCGGUUACGAAGGAUAACAUGAAUUAUGCGGGACCCAUUUUUGGAGUUGUGGUGGCAUUGGCGUUGGCGGAUUGGUUUAUUAGUGGGAGGACGAGGUUUCAGAUGCCAGUCACGAGGUAUGAAUAAUGCGUGUGUGGAGGGGGGAAUAUGGUGGGCAAAGAGGCAAUGGAAACAUCGGGGUAAAUGUUGGAAGGAUGAUGCCGUACGAAAUGACAUAGAAAGUGGCCAGAUUAAGCGCUGGUGAGACCUAUAGACGGUCGAGCACGACGGGGGUGAUGUGUAGAUACAUAGAGCCCAUUUAGCAC